GCUGAACUCAGUUUAUUAUUUUGGUUUCCUCUUUACAAACUCCCCCUCAUCAGAAAACCACACGACAGCUUCAGCUGAACCAGCUUCCGCCUCCUCUGUGGGCCGCAGGGGCUGAUGGGAGGUUCGAGGACCCAUCUGACCUCGUCCUCGUUAGAGCGCCACUUCUCCUCAGGUUCACCCGAGGAAACACCCUGCACAACAUGCUUCUCCUCCCAGCGGCUGCUCUGUGCUGCCUGUGUUCAGCGCUGGUUGCCAUGGCAGCAGGGCCGACUCAGGACCAGUUGUCUUUGACCAGGAGAGUUGGUGACCGGGCCUCGUUCAGCUGUGGAGGAACUGAUCAGUGUGACUACAUAUACUGGUUUCAGAAGGAAGACAAAGGAACAUUCAGACAGAUUCUUUAUAUUAGAACAAGGGAUGGUUCUAUUUAUCCAGAUAACAAUCAUCCUCAGAAAGACGACUUCACAGCUGAGAGAGAACAGAACAGCUGGGAGUUGAAGAUAUAGAAAGUUAAACCCUCUCAUGCAGCCACGUACUACUGCGCCUGUUGGAAGUCUGGAACCCACAGUGAGAAAUGAUGUGUGCAGCCUGAACAAAAACCAGCAUGAGGAUCAGUGGAAGAGAGAAGUAAACCACAGCGUCACAUGUCUCACCUCCAUCCGACAGCUGUUCUCCACCUUUCUAUUCUAAAGACUCAUACGUUCAGCGACGUUUCCUCAGGUUUGCUGUCGUUCCACAGACAAACCUUUUCCAUCGCCGCCCUUUAAAGGCCCAAUCAGAGCAGGCGUCUCGUCUCCAACUGGUUCUUUCUGUUUGGACGGCCAGAGGAAUCGGGCCUGGAACAGAACUCUGACAGUUCAACCCUCACACCAACACUUUGCUGAUCCAGAAGAAAGAAGCGCUAACGUUCGGGGCUCAGGUGGAAAAGGAGAGGACAAAGAAGAACUAGAGUCACUGAGCUGUGGUCGUAGUCCUCCACCAACCAGGGCAGUUUCAGUCCCUCCAGCUGGGACAUGGGACACUCACAUUAAUAUGAGGUCACUGGGACCUUUGACCUCUGGAGUCUAAUAAUUGAAUCUUUGAGUCCAAGUGAUAACUGGUUCAAAUAUGAAGAAACUCUCUAAAGACAUGCUUGAUGGAAACGUGUUAAAGAGGACAAACACAUGUUCUGUGAGGCCACAGUGACCUUGACCUUUGACCUUUGACCACCAGGUUCUAAUCAGGUCGUCCCUGAGUCCAAGUGAAGGUUUGUAGCAGAUUUGAAGAAACUCCGUCAAGGUGUUUGUGAGAUAUCGUGUUCACAAGACUGGGACGGACAAUCUGAAACAAGAAGAAGAGAAAAGUUACUAAAUUCAUGAAAUCGUGUGAAACGUGAAAAUCAUCAGGAGCAACAACGCUAACGUUUUAUAUCGUAGUAAUGAUGUUUCAUAAUGAACUCAGCGUCAGUUAUAGCACAUGAUGACAAACGAUUGGUUAAUCCUGAUAAGCUGCGUCUGUCAUCUUAUUGGUCGCUACACUUUAUGAUGUCAUUUUAUGACAUCAUCAUGACAUCAUCAUGACAUCGUAUACCCUUUACCCGCCAAUAAACCGAACCUGCUAAUAUUUGCUUAUAAUCACUAAACACAAAGACCAGCUGAGUUCUGAAAGUAUUGGACAAAAUCAAAGUUUGACCUGAUGGUGGCGCUACAUGAAAAGUCCGAGGCUCAUCAGAGUUAGUGCGGUUCAUCCUGAGGGGAACAUGAAUGUUGUGCUGGCGUGAACAUGAGAGAAACACCGUUGAGCUCAGACGGUUUUUGUCUGAGUCUCUUUCACUGUGGAUGUUAAUCUUCGGCUCAGGAACCAAAUUGUUCGUAACUGAUACGCCGGUGGUGAAGCCCGUGGUGAGCGUGUACCCGGCAGCAUCCAAAGACGCCCUGGACAGGAAGAGCUCCCUGCUGUGUGUGGCCUCGAACAUGUCUCCUCCUCUGGUCCAGUUCUCCUGGACAAGACAGAGGGAGGGUGAGAAGCCGUCCCCUGCAGAGGGAGAGCAGCUGGAGCUCAGAGAGGAAGGACGCACCGCCUCCAUCAUGGUGGUCGACCGGGACGCUUCCUACACGUACACAUACAGCUGCCACGUCAGGCAUGAGGAUGUCACAGUGGAGGCCCCGGCAGAGCAAGAGGUUUGUGCACUUCCAGCACCGAACUCCAGCACAGACGACUCCAGCACAGACGACUCCAGCACCGACGACUCCAGCACAGACGACUCAAAUACUGACGACUCCAGCACAGACGACUCCAGCACCGACGACUCCAGCACCGAUGACUCAAGUACUGACGACUCCAGCACCGACGACUCCAGCACAGACGACUCCAGCACAGACGACUCCAUCACAGACGACUCCAGCACAGACGACUCCAGCACAGACGGCUCCAGCCCAGACGGCUCCAGCACAGACGGCUCCAGCACCGACGCCCCAGCACAGACGACUCCAGCACCGACGGCUCCAGCACAGACGACUCCAGCACCGACGGCUCCAGCACAGACGGCUCCAGCACAGACGGCUCCAGCACCGACGACUCCAGCACAGACGACUCCAGCACAGACGACUCCAGCACAGACGACUCCAGCACAGACGACUCCAGCACCGACGCCUCCAGCACAGACGGCUCCAGCACCGACGGCUCCAGCACAGACGGCUCCAGCACCGACGGCUCCAGCACCGACGACUCCAGCACAGACGCCUCCAGCACAGACGGCUCCAGCACAGACGCCUCCAGCACAGACGCCUCCAGCACCGACGGCUCCAGCACAGACGACUCCAGCACCGACGACUCCAGCACAGACGGCUCCAGCACCGACGGCUCCAGCACAGACGACUCCAGCACCGACGGCUCCAGCACCGACGGCUCCAGCACCGACUCUCCAGCACCACGGCUCCAGCACAGACGCCCAGCACAGACGGCUCCAGCACAGACGGCUCCAGCACCGACGGCUCCAGCACAGACGGCUCCAGCACAGACGGCUCCAGCGGCCUGGGCCUGGUCUGAGCGGCAGGUGA